AGUACGUAUGCACAAUCGUGCGUGCCCGCGAAGAGUAACGGAGACAGAGGGAGAACUCCGGAGAUCUCCUCCUCCUCUCUCUCUCUCUCUCCUUCUCCCUCUCCCUCCUCUCGUCGAUCUCCAAUCGCCGAAGAAACUCUCCGUAGAUUCGAAUUCGAGCUCGAGGAAUCGGUAUCCGCAGCCAUGAUCACGGCGAACAAGCUCAAAUCUGUCGAUUUCUACAGGAAAAUACCCAGAGAUUUGACGGAGGCAUCGAUUUCCGGUGCAGGUUUAUCUAUUGUAGCAGCACUGUCCAUGAUGUUUUUAUUUGGAAUGGAGCUGAAUAAUUAUUUGACAGUGAGUACGUUCACUUCUGUAGUUGUUGAUAAGAGUUCAGAUGGGGAAUUCUUACGGAUAGAUUUUAAUAUCAGCUUUCCUGCUCUCUCAUGCGAAUUCGCAUCUGUCGAUGUGAGUGAUAUAUUGGGAACUAACAGGUUGAAUAUUACAAAGACAGUUCGCAAGUUUUCAAUAGAUCGAAAUUUAGUGUCAACUGGAUCAGAAUUCCACUCUGGUCCUAUCCCAAAAGUCAAUAGGCAUGGAGACGAGAAUGAUGAAGAAUAUAGUGAUGGUUCAGUUUCGUUGAAUGCUAACAGUUUUGAUAGCCACUCACAUCAGUAUUCUAUUUUAGUCGUCAACUUUUAUGCUCCUUGGUGUUAUUGGAGCAAUCGCCUGAAACCAUCAUGGGAAAGGGCUGCUAAAAUAAUUAAAGAGAGAUAUGAUCCGGAUAUGGACGGCCGUAUUCUGUUGGGAAAGGUUGAUUGUACUGAAGAAGGUGAACUGUGCAGGAGGCAUCACAUCCAGGGAUACCCUUCUAUUCGCAUUUUCCGCAAAGGAACUGACAUAAAGGAAAAUCAUGGACACCAUGAUCACGAAUCUUACUAUGGUGAGCGUGACACAGAAAGUCUAGUUGCGGCAAUGGAAGCUCUGGUUGCGCCAGUCCCGAAAGAGUCUCACAAACUGGCUUUGGAGGAUCAAUCCAAUAAGACCGUUGAUUCAGCAAAACGCCCUGCACCAUUGACGAGUGGUUGCAGGAUAGAAGGCUUUGUACGUGUCAAGAAGGUUCCAGGAAACCUUGUGAUCUCAGCUCGCUCAGGCGCACACUCGUUUGAUCCAUCUCAGAUAAACGUUUCUCAUUUCGUCUCACAGUUUUCAUUUGGUAAAAAGUUGUCUCCACGAAUGCUGAGUGAAGUGAAGAGAUUGACACCUUAUCUUGGUAGCAGCCAUGAUAGGCUAGCCGGUCAAUCAUACAUCACUCACCAUGCCGAUGCUAACGCUAAUGUCACAAUCGAGCACUACCUGCAAAUAGUAAAGACUGAAAUAGUGUCGAGAAGGUCCUCUAAGGAAUAUAAAUUGCUAGAGGAAUAUGAAUACACCGCCCACAGCAGUUUGGUGCACAGUCUCUCUGUUCCAGUUGCCAAAUUCCAUUUUGAGCCCUCGCCUAUGCAGGUCUUGGUGACUGAAGUUCCAAAAUCCUUCUCGCAUUUUAUUACGAAUGUCUGUGCUAUAAUUGGAGGCAUUUUCACGGUGGCGGGAAUAGUGGAUUCCAUCUUGCACAACACUCUGCGGCUUAUGAAGAAGGUUGAGCUAGGCAAGAAUCUUUAGGUCAGGAAGUGAGAUUUUCAUUAAGGUCCUCUUUUAACUUUUUCUUCUAAAAAUUGUAGGCAUUAUAUUUUUUUUCUUCUUGUGCUACUACAAUGAGUAUUACUAAUAGACCAUAUGAAGCAUUGGUUUUUGUAAUCUUAGGCCCUUAAAACUUCCUAAUAUAAAUGCCAUCUCGGGAUACUUUUUUGAGCAUUUGCUACACUUAAUGGAAGGAAAUUGAUAUUGCCAAAAUGAAA